GAAAAGAGAAGAGUAGAGAAGAGAGGAGAAGAGAGGACAGGAGGGAGGAGUAAACGCUCCGGGUUCAAACUGACACACCGGCCUGACAGAGGAGAACACCAGAAGGAUAAGGGACAGACGAGCGCAAGAAGGAGAGAGAGAGAAAGAGAGAGAGAGAAGGGGAGAGAAAGUGACAGGCGUUACCGAAACCAGACGAACCAAAGCGUCGACAUGAACGGACAGUUCGAGGAAGACAUCUACGACCGGGGAGAGAGGAAGAGCAGCAAGUCCCCGACGCUGCUCUCUUCUUACUGCAUAGAGAGCAUUCUGGGCCGCCGCAGCCCCUGUAAGGUCAGACUGAUCGGAGCUCAAAGUUUGACGGGUCUGCCCGGCAGAGGAGAGCUCGACAAAACGGCGGACGGGCCAACUAAAGACCCCCUGUCUCUCAGCGCUGACAUCCACCUGCCACCAAAGCUCCGCCGGCUGUACGGGCCCGGCGGCAAAUACCUCCACGACCACGCAGCGAAGCUGGACAGAGAGCGGUUGCUCCUGGAGCAGGCCAGCGACAGCCUCAAGAUCAGCCAAGCGCCCCAGGUGAGCAUCAGCCGCAGCAAGUCCUACCGGGAGAACGCGUCCCUGAGCCGGGGAGAGGGCGACCAGAGCCCCGUGGAGGGCUCGGAGGACGGCAGCCUGGGGCUGGUGGAGCUCGGCCCACUGAAGUUUGAGGAGGACGCGGCGGGGAAGGAGGAGGAGAGCUGUGCGGACGCGGCGAGGCUGUCCCCGAAGGACGAGGAGAGGGAGAGCUUGAACGCCGGGGAUGGGGACGUGAGGGACGGGGAGGACAGCGUGUGUCUUUCGGCGGGCAGUGACUCGGAGGAGGGGAUGCUGAAACGGAAGCAGAGAAGAUACAGGACUACGUUCACCAGUUACCAGCUGGAGGAGCUGGAGAGAGCUUUCCAGAAGACACACUACCCCGACGUAUUCACAAGAGAGGAGCUCGCAAUGCGCCUGGAUCUCACCGAGGCCCGCGUCCAAGUGUGGUUCCAGAACCGCAGGGCCAAGUGGAGGAAACGCGAGAAGGCCGGGGUGCAGGUCCACCCGUCGGGCCUGCCCUUCCCAGGCUCCCUGACUGGGGGCCACCCUCUCAGUCACUACCUGGACGGAGGCCCCUUUCCUCCCCAUCCCCACCCGGCCCUGGAGUCUGCCUGGACGGCUGCUGCAGCAGCGGCCGCGGCUUUCCCGGGCCUGGCCCCACCACCACACAAUGGUGCCGCCCCACCCCUGGCCACCCAGCUCGGCCUGGGCACUUUCCUGGGCACGGCUGCAAUGUUUCGCCACCCUGCCUUCAUCGGACCCACUUUUGGCAGGCUCUUCUCCGGUAUGGGUCCCCUGACCAGUGCUUCCGCCGCUGCAGCCCUCCUCCGCCAGCCCGCCCCUCCCGUGGAGAACACCUCCCACGCGGGGCCCGUCCUCCCCGACCCUUCAACUUCCUCCUCUUCCUCCUCCUCUUCCUCAGCGGACCGCCGGGCCUCCAGCAUCGCUGCGCUCCGCCUCAAGGCCAAGGAACACUCGGCUCAGCUCACCCAGCUUAACAUCCUGCCCGCCGGAGCCUCGGGGAAGGAGGUGUGCUGA